GGCACACAGAGGUCUGUCGGAACUCCGGCAGCCGGGUGAGGAUGGCCUGGGAGCCUCUGCGGGAUCCUGGAACAGAACCUGUGCUGAAUAAUGUAUUCUGAGGUAUACUGGAUAUCUGAGGAGGGAAGGGCUCUAAAUAAUGCAUUUGCCGGGCACGACAGUUGUAGCAGAAGUGGAUGCUGAAACCUGUAGCGAGACUGCAGCCUGAGAUGAAAGAAUGUCUCAUUACCAUUUUAUCAAAUGCUGCUGUUUCCAGCUAUGUAAUGUUUUUCGGUCACAUGAGAUGGAAAUUGACCAGUGCUUGCUUGAGUCCCUCCCUCUCGGCCAGCGGCAGCGGCUGGUGAAGCGGAUGCGUUGUGAUCAAAUAAAAGCAUAUUAUGAACGAGAAAAGGCUUUCCAGAAGCGGGAGGGUUAUGUGAAAAAACUGAAACAUGGAAAGAAUCAUCGAGUUCGUUUCAACCUUGCUGAUAUGAUACAGGAUGCCAUCAUACAUCAUGACGAUAAGGAAGUGCUGCGGCUGUUGAAGGAUGGUGCUGACCCUCAUAUGCUUGUUUCCUCGGGAGGUUCCUUGCUCCAUCUGUGUGCUCGCUACGAUAAUGCAUUUGCUGCAGAAAUUCUGAUUGACAGAGGAGUGAAUGUAAAUCAUCAAGAUGAGGAUUUUUGGACAUCAAUGCAUGUAGCCUGUGCUUGUGAUAAUCCUGAUAUUGUCCUGCUGCUGCUGCUAGCUGGAGCAAAUGUACUGCUGCAAGAUGUUAAUGGAAACACAGCAUUUGACUAUGCCGUAGAAGGGACUGAAUCCAGCAGCAUUCUUCUCAUGUACCUGGAAGAAAACGGUGUUGAGCUGAAUUCCUUGCGCCAAAUGAAGAUACAGAGAGCUAUGACUAUGCUUACAGAUGUUCGACAGCUCAUAUCAAGUGGAGGAAGCGUGAAUCAGAAGAAUGAUGAAGGAGUUACCCUGCUGCACGUGGCCUGUGCAAAUGGCUACAAGAAUGUUGCAUCUCUGAUACUGGAUCAUGGGGCUGAUCUCAAUGUGGUGGAUAAUCAGUACUGGACACCUCUACAUUUAGCUGCAAAGUAUGGACAGACCAGCCUUGUGAAGCUGCUUUUGAUGCACUGGGCAAAUCCCAAUCUUCUUAACUGCAAUAAUGAGAAACCUUCAGAUAUUGCAGCUUCUGAGUUUAUUGAGGAAAUGCUUCUGAAGGCUGAAAUUGUUUGGGAGGAAAAAAUGAAAGACCCUUUAUCUGUUUCUACUUUAUCUCAAGAAGAGCCUUAUGAAGAGAUCAUCCAUGAUCUGCCCACGCUUUCCAAUAAACUCAACCCCUUGGCUUUACCGAUUGCCAAGCAAGACAGUUUGCUGGAGAAAGACACCAUGUUCAAGGAUGCAGCUAAAGGUUUGUGUAAACAGCAGUCUCAAGACAGUGCAUCUGAAAACGUCAUGAUGAACAGUAUAGCCAAACUUGAACAGAUCAAGCUUAUGCCUCCAGCUCCAAAUGAUGACUUGGCUUCUCUGAGUGAGCUAACAGACAGCAGCCUACUUUAUGAGAUUCAGAAGCGUUUCAAUAAUAAUCAGAUAUAUACCUACAUUGGUGAUAAAUUGCUGCUUGUUAACCCAUUUAAAGAACUUCCCAUCUAUUCCACCAUGGUCACCCAGCUUUAUUUAAGCAACUCUGGAAAACUGUGUUCCACACUUCCCCCUCAUAUAUUUUCCUGUGCUGAAAGAGCUUACCACAUGCUGUUCCAGGAGCAGCGUCCCCAGUGCUUUAUCCUCAGUGGAGAAAGUGGUUCUGGGAAGACUGAAGCCUGCAAGCAAAUAGUGAAGCACCUCACUUGUAGAUCUAGCUCCAGCAGAAGUACAUUUGAUACAAAGAUUAAACAUGUAAACUGUGUCUUGGAAGCCUUUGGACAUGCUAAGACACCCCUGAGUGAUUUUUCCAGCUGUUUUAUAAAAUAUUUUGAGCUACAAUUUUGUGAGAAAAAAAAGGCAUUAAUUGCAGCUAGAAUUUAUACAUACAUGUUGGAGAAGUCUCGUGUCAUUAUGCAACCUCUCAACCAGAGUAAUUUUCAUGUUUUUUACUUGAUGAUGGAUGGUCUGUCUGCUGAAGAAAAAUACACACUGUACCUCAGUAAUUUGUCUACACACAGGUAUCUAAGCCAAACUGAGCUGGAAGAAACAAUGCUAACAGCUAACCCACAAAACAGGGAGAAAUUAACAGUUCUGAAAGAAGCUCUUAGCGCUAUGGGAUUCAAUAGCCUGGAGGUGGAGAACCUGUUUGUAAUCCUCUCAGCAAUUCUGCAUCUUGGGGACAUUCGCUUUACAACCCUGACAGACACCGAGACAGCGCUGGUGUCGGACCUGCAGCUGCUGGAACAAGUGGCAGGGAUGCUGCAAGUUUCACCGGAUGAGCUUGCUUCAGCCUUAACAACUGAUGUUCAGUAUUUUAAAGGAGACAUGAUAGUACGGAGACACACUAUAGAGAUGGCAGAAUUUUACCGGGAUCUUUUGGCAAAAUCUCUGUAUGGUCGUUUGUUUAGCUUUCUAGUCAACACAAUCAACUGCUACCUCCAAAAUCAAGAUGAAGCUGAAAGCGACCGGAUAUUUGAAAUUGGAAUUCUGGAUAUUUUUGGAUUUGAAGAAUUUCAAAGGAAUACUUUUGAACAGCUGUGUGUCAAUAUGACCAAUGAGAAGAUACACCAGUAUAUCAAUGAAGUGCUUUUCCUACAAGAGCAAACAGAAUGUGUACAAGAAGGAGUUACCAUAGAAGCUGUGUAUUCUCCUGCAAACCAUACUGCAGCCUUGGAUUUUUUCUUUCAGAAACCAUCAGGCUUUUUGUCGAUGCUAGAUGAAGAAAGCCAAUCUAAUUGGUCAGUGGAACAGAGUCUUUCUAAACGGAUUCAGUCUUACCUGGAUACAUCAGACACAAAUACAGUGUAUUCCUCCACAAAAGAUGGAAAUGGCAACCUUGCACCAAAGGAACAGGGCUCUACCUUCACUGUUAUGCAUUAUGCUGGCAGGGUUACUUACGAAAUUGCUGGUGCAGUAGAAAAAAAUAAAGAUUCCCUUUCACAAAAUCUCAUAUUUGUAAUGAAAACCAGCGAAAAUGUAGUCAUCAAUCAAUUGUUCCAGUCCAAACUGACACAGACUGGAUCACUCGUUCCUCCAUAUCAUUCCCUUAAGUCCAAAGGAUGUAAAGCAGCAAUGCUGAAUAAAAAAACAUCAGUAGCCUGUGCAAGUGGAGAAACAAAGAAAUACGUGGAGCUCAGCAAGCUGUUGAAAAAGAAAGGGACAUCCUCAUUUCUUCAGAAACUGGAACGAGGGGGCCCAACCACUGUGGCAGUACAACUCAGGAAAUCACUCAUAGAUAUUAUUGGGAAGCUACAGAACUGCACACCACAUUCUAUUCAUUGUAUAAAGCCUAAUAACUCCAAGUUGCCGGAUACUUUUGACAAUUUUUAUGUGUCUGCUCAGCUGCAGUAUAUUGGUGUCCUAGACAUGGUCAAAAUCAUACGAUACGGAUAUCCCUUUCGUUUCUCUUUCACCGACUUCUUGUCAAGGUAUAAAGAUUUGGCUGAUACAGCAGCAGGAGAGAAGAAGUUGUCUGCCAAGGAGAGAUGUCGUCUUGUUCUCCAGCAGUGUAAAUUACAAGGCUGGCAGAUAGGAAUCCGAAAAGUGUUUCUUAAGUACUGGCAAGCUGACCAUCUCAACGAUUUGUGCCUUCAGCUUCAGAAGAAAAUUAUAACCUGCCAAAAAGUUGUGAGAGGAUUUCUAGCUCGCCAGCGUGUGCUACAGAAGAUGAACAUCAAACAGCAAGAGAUCACCUCAGUCAAAGGCUUCUUGCAGAAUGUUGAGGAUAUGGGGCUGAAAACAUACGAUGCCUUGGUCAUUCAAAAUGCUUCUGACAUUGCUCGGGAAAAUGACCGAAUUCGCAAUGAGAUGAAUGCUGCUUACCACAGGGAAAAGCUAGAGGCUAGAAAUAGACCAGAAGAAGUCCACAAAAGAGCUGAAGACAAGGGUGGGAAGCUCCCUGAGGACGGCUUUGCUGGCUACCGUGCGCCGAAGCACUUUCACUCCAGCUCCGUGCCCGUCCCCAUGGCUGUAGAAGGCUUGGUACAUUCUGCGGCUGGGUCGUCCAUCAGGUCCCCAUCCCUGCACUCAGUGUUCAGCAUGGAAGACAACAGCAGCCUGCCGUCGCCACGGAAACAGCCUCCUCCCAAACCCAAGCGGGACCCCAACACACGGCUGAGCGCUUCCUAUGAGGCUGUCAGUGCUUGCUUGUCGGCGGCUUCUAAGGAGGCUGCUAAUGAAGUUCUGACCCGUCCAAGGCCACACAGUGAUGACUAUAGUACCAUGAAAAAAAUACCUCCCAGAAAACCAAAACGAAGUCCCAAUACAAAACUCAGUGGCUCUUAUGAAGAAAUACCUGGCCAAAAGCCUGGGGAUGUGAAACAGGCAAACACAGUAGCCAAACAAGGUAGCUAUGACACUGCGGGAGUACAGAGAGCAGCUUCUGCUGAUGUGCCACAACAUGGCACAUUGAGUCUUUAUAUGUCACAAGAAGAGGAAGAAAAUGAACCUGUCUAUAUUGAAAUGGUAGGGAAUGCAAUGAAACACAGUUCUGCUGAAGCAGAAAGCCCAGAGCAAGGAGAGUCUGUAUAUGAAGAAAUGAAGUAUUUUCUCCCAGAAGAAGGAAUCAACAGUAAUGGAAUAAUUCCAGUAGCAACUGGAUCUCCUCCUCUGGUGUUUGAAAGCAAAAAAAAUGUUCAUGUUGAAGAUGGAACAUUGGAUGGAAACAGUCAAGCAGCUUUGAACUAUAAAGACUCGUGUGACAUUCCAGCCCCUUUCCCUAAUUUGCUCCCUCACAGGCCACCACUUCUCGUGUUUCCUCCAACUCCUGUCACAUGUUCUCCUGCUUCUGAUGAAUCACCUCUCACACCACUAGAAGUUAAAAAGCUUCCUGUCUUGGAAACCAACCUAAAAUACCCUGUGCAGUCAGAAGGCUCAAGUCCAUUAUCACCACAGUACUCUAAAAGCCAAAAGGGGGAGAGUGAAAGACCAGCAUCUCCAGGCUUGGUUGUAUUCAAUGUUUCCAGCAAAGUGACUCCACCUUCAACACCUCCUCCUCCUCUUCCACCACCCCCUCCUCCUGUACCACCUCCUAUUUCCUAUCGGGCUUCCACACAUUUUGCAUUUCCUCCAGAGCCUUGUGCUAGUUUUCUGAUUAAUACAGGGAAAACAGGUACAAACUCAGAUCUAUCAAAAGUACCUCAGAGACCAAACCCUGCUCAGCUUGGAUGUUCACCUUCUCCAUUCUCCAAACUGCCUUACUCCCCAAAGGUGGCAAGAGCAGAACACAAGAAAUUGAACUCUAAUUCAUCAUCUUCAUUUCCAUACAGCCCUACAAACUCAAGGUCAUUGACCAGUCCCCUUGAUGAGUUAGCAAGCUUGUUCAACUCAGGACGGAGUGUGUUACGGAAAUCUGCAGCGGGACGUAAGAUCAGGGAGCCAGAAGGUGGUGAAACUAACCUGAACUUGAGGAGCAGAGAAGAUCCAAAUGCAUCAGAUACUGGAUCAGAAACGCAGGAUAAAAAUGCAAAUAACCAUGGAACUCAGUCUUCUAAUCCACUGUCCAGUUCUGUGACUGCUGAAAAUGGAAAUUCAGUAUCAAAUGGUGUACCAGAGGAAAAUGAAUAUUCAAGACUGUCAGCCAGCACUACAGCAGGUUCAUCGAUUCAAAGACACAGGGAGAGCCACACUACUCAGGUUAUUCAUCAGCUUAGACUUUCUGAGAAUGAGAGUGUGGCUCUGCAAGAGCUUCUAGAUUGGAGGAGAAAGCUGUGUGAGGAGAGAGAAGACUGGCAACAAAUCUUGCACAACACUGAGCAAAGAAUCACAGCCCCUCCUCCACCCCCUUGUAAAAAACCAACACUGCUGAAGAAGGUGGAAGAUGCCUCCUGCAACAGACUGUCUUCAGGCAUCUGGGAUACCACCAUGUGAUCGGAAUGUGUGUGUUUGCAGACAGUUAGGAGUGAUACCAUCUCAUGCCUUCAGUCUGCACAAUCAGCAAGUUUCCUUCCCUCCACAGAAUGUGCAGGGUUUUUUUUUACAAGCAAUCCUUCAAGAGCACAGGAUGGACAAGCUAUUUAGAUAUGUCAUGUGUGCGUGUAUUUGUAUGUUUGUCCUUUUCAUACAUAUAUAUACACAUAUGCAUAUAUCUGUGCAUCUAUAUGUACGUGUGUGUGUAUAUAUAUAUAUAAGGUGACAAACUGCACUAUAAGAAUUGAAAGAUACAAAACAGUCACUUAAGAGUUCUCCUGUGGACAAUGGAGAAGCUAUGUUAAGCAAAUGGUGGCAGGGAGAAGUGACUGACAGGCAUUUUAGAGAGAUCAGGAAAGUCUGUGUGCACACUGUACAGCUGUUUUAUAUAGUAUAAAAAUAUGAUGUUUCUUGUUCCCUAAUGAAUGGUUUUAUUAUAUUGCAUAUAUGCAUAUAUAUAUUUCUUUGUAGAUGUCUGUGUUCUAUUGGAGUUGCAAACCUGAAGUUUAUUUACAUGUUUAUUACUGGUGUUUUAUAACUUUACUCAAUUGGUGCUGUUGUUCUUUCUUCAAAAUACAGGUAAUAAAUCCAACACUCGCAUUUUUCUUUCAUAGUUUAUCUUUAACACCAUGCCAGCCAGUUUCAACACUGCAUUGUUUGUUCAGAGCCAGCAAAGUCCUUUCUGAAGUCCAGUCCUGACAUUCUUGAAGAGCUCCUAUUUGCACGUGUUGUUUAAAGGUCUUCACACUCAAGAAUUAGAGAGCAUGACUUUCUUUUUGUGGACUUAUGUUUCUGAAUGGGUGAACUGUGAAUUCUAUGGUUACAUCUCAAAUCUUAUUUCAUUCUGGUUUUGUAAAAUAAUGAGACACUCAUUUAAAUUAUAAAUAUGGUUUGAAAUUCAUACCUGAUUAUGCAUAAGGUCAGGUGUCAGUGGAAAUAUGAUAAUGAGGUAUACAUAAUGAUAAUGAGGUAUGAAAAUCGGGCUGUGAUUUACUGUUAAAAGCCAGAAGGCUUCAUUGAGAUGGGUAUAUCUAAGGAUUAUGCUCUUAUAGUGGCACAGUGAUGCCUUUAUACCUUGAAUUUUUGUGUAAUGAAAUGGUUCCAGAAAUUGAAGGACACUUGUUGGAGAGCAUGAGUUCUGAGCAGGAAUGUUAAUUUAUGAAAAAGAUGCUGCUGGAAACUUGUUAGCUACUGCUUAGCAGUCUUUGAAAUACUGCUUUGCCACUAAAGGGUGUAAUUGAUAUGUAUACAGAGAUAUUUUGUCAGGGUAUUUUAAGUUCUUGGAACAUGUGCACCCAGUUUGAAGCACUCUUCUUGGCUGUUUGCCACUUUCCUAUCCAGAUCCAGGAGAAAGUGCUUGUAAUUUUGCAAGUAGAUGUAAAACUGCUUAAAAUCUAAGCAAGAUUUGUAAAUGUGAGCUUACCUUGUUUGGAAGUGGCUGGGAAGGGAAGACAGCCUGCACAUAGAUGCAGGCUUUUCUGCCGUGUUUGGCAGGCAGUUCAAGCAGGAUGAAUGGCAAAAAGCAAUCCCAUGCUUGCUUGUUUGUUUUUAUUUACAGGGGAAGCAGCAGAACUCAAAUUGUACCCAGGAGUGUCAUCAAGCUGUAGGCAGAAUUAAGUGCCUUCUCUUGCUGGAGAUUAAAACAGACAUGUUGAGUGGACAGGGAAAGGGAGACGACAGGUUAGCUCUUAAAUUAAUUAUGCAAUGAUUGGUUUCUGAUACUUAGGGAUAGAUAUCACCCAGCACAGAACUUUACAGCAACAACUGCAGAAGUGCUCUCUUACACGCUAGAUCGAGAAGUAGGGAUUCUGGGUUCUGAACCUUGCCUUCAGCUGAUGUCAGUGUCCCCAGCAUAGGACCACUAUGGGGUUGUGCAGGAAACAGCUCUCACCUGCUGAAUAACCACAACAGGACAAGGCUUGGCCUGGAAGAGCUGUGGUUUCUGCCUUUUUGCUCAGAUAACCAGGGACACACAGAAAUCCCUGUGUGAGAGCAAAAUGAAAUGGCUCAAAUUGAAUGCAAGAAAGCUAAUUAACCUGGCUUGGGUACUACACAGCUUCCAGGAUGCAAGUUGCUCUCUGCCCAGCCCAUCAUUCCUGUACAUAGCCAUAGGAGCAUCUACCCAGCUAGCUUAGCCAUCUUGCACACCUCAGUGCCCUAAGACGUACAGAUGUGCCCUCAGGCUUAUCUCUACUCUGAUGGGCCUGGAAAAUAGUCCUCCCAUAAGCUCUGUCAUACUUCUACCUCUAAUGCCCACUGGUUGGCUUGGCAGCUGGUGGCAGUCAACCCAGGGCAGCAUGGAGUACGUUUAGGGCAAGCUGUAGAAGCUGUCCAAGAGGCCAGCUGAGAUCAUGUCAAGAUCCCUGCUACUGCAAAGAGCUUGCCACCAGUCUCCAAGCCAGCUGUCUGCAGGGUAACGUUUCAUAUCUCCAGACCACACUGUUAUCAUCGCUGCAUUUGUAACAUGGAAGAGCCCAGAGGGCAGAGAAUGCACUUGUCAGUUGGAGGUUACAGCGUAGUUGGGCGCAUGAUGCUACAGGAACCAACGUCAGCUGCAGGAGCUCAGGAGUGGUGCUCUACCAAACUCUGUGUUGUAUCCUCAUAGAGCAGUGUGGAAGAGCAGUCACUGGAUUUGGCAGCAGUUCCAGCAGUGCUGUUACCCAGGUGAGGCCAGUACGAGCCUGAUGCAGGCAGUUUGGUUCUCCACAGGGUAGAGCCCAUUCUGCCUCCCCUUCUGAAAGCCUUUGUUCUGUUUUUAGCCAUCUUGUGUAAGAAAUAUAUCCUCUGGGGCUCUUCCUUAGAGCACGUAAUCACAGUGCAAUAUGACAAACUCAACACCAGGAGAGAUGAGACCCUUUUCUUUUGAUUAAGUUACUAAUUUCAGGGUAUGCGACGGCCAAUUUUUGACUUGGGAGGGUUUUUCAGGAUGUUCAUUUAAAAUGUAUCACCAUCGGAAAAGUAUUAUUUGUGUUAAAACACAUUUAAAAUAUUUCUCUGAUGGCAGCAAGACACUCCAGAGUGUGACUUAUGAUGUCAUAAUUCACACCUCGUGUGUUCACUGGUCCCUUGGUCUUUGGCCUCGCGCCUAACAAUGCAAUUGGUGGGGAAUUAUUGCACCAUAAUUCACACCCUACUGUGUCUUAUUGCUUAAAUAACCAUACUCUCAGAGGUGUCUUAAAACUACCAUUAAAGUUUAUAUUGUGUAUCAAAGUGUGUUUACAGGGCUGGGAAAAUAUACUAUUGGCAUUUUGAAAUGUUGAGAAGUAGUUUUAGCAAACUGUACAGCGCUUAUAAAUUAAUCUCCCCAGUGGAAUACACACCAGCCAGUCCUGCUAUUUCUUGAGUAUAUGGAAUCCUCACUUGCACAUUAAAAAGUAGUGUAGACAAAAAAAUAAAUAAAUAAAUAAAAGAGCCUUAUGAAUUUAAUAUUCUAAAGGGAAAUAUUAAACUCUGUGAACACGCUAAUACCCUUAAUAUCCAGUGAGCAAUCUAAAAGGUAUUUAUAUUUGCAAUAAAGCAAUUUCAGGAAGCUGGGGUUAUCAUCAGAUAAUCGCUCCUCCACAUUGUGCCUUAUUGCUUAAUUUUUAAUAUGUGAAACAAACAAAACUUAUUCCAAAUCAGCUUCUCUCUCAGCAUGACAUAAGAAGAAUCAGGUAUGUUUUACACUUUAAAAUCCAAGGGAAUUUGAAAACUGUAUUGAACCACAAUAAAAUAAAAACUAAAAACAACAGCUGUUGGCAUGAGAAAUGUUCAAAGCUUGUGAAUCUUACUGGUUACUCCUGAAAUAGCACUUGGUGUAUUUUAGUUGCUGUAGUUACAUUCCUAUUGCCGUUUAUAAGCAGAACUUGGCUUUUUAAAACUUGAUUUAGACAUCCAGAAGGAUACGUGCACCAAUAUUUUACAAAUGAUCUGUGUACAGCAUGAAAUGCUAAUCCUUUUAGAACUUUGUAUUGUUUACACAACAAUAGUAUGAUUGUCGAAUAAGUGAAUUAAACUUCCCUUUUUGCCAGUGA